GUGCAAUUAUUUACCUAAACCAUGAAGCUGUUUCAGCUUGCAGAUAAAUCACAGCUCUGCUUUCCGUUUCUCAGACUCUCUCACCUUGGCAUUUCUCCCCCUGCAGGUAGACUAAUAUUGACUUUAGAGUGGCCUAUCAACAUCUGUGGAAGUUCAUCGGCAUCACUGCAUCUAGUCUGCCUGUUUGUAUCGUAUUUUUUUCUCGAAAGGGAUUCUAUAGUAAGAGCCUAUCUUUCAUUUUCUCAGGCACGUUCAAUUCGUAGCAGAUUCAUCUUUAGCGAGUCGCGACAGAAAGAUCGGGGUGAGGUAUUGCGGUAACUGCGACUGCCUCCACUCUGCGGGCGAGUAGAGGUGGAUAAAGUGAAAGGAGGAGCCGUGCACCUGUUAGACCAGUUAGGGACACAUGACUGCAGAAGAAUUUGCCUGAGUUGGUGCCCUUUGUCGAGAUACAAGACGGGAAGGAUGUCGGAGCCAGCGACGAAUCCUGCGGUGACAGCAUUCCCAGCGCCGACGAUAUCUUUGCCAUUGGGACUACAAAUAUUGAGGACGUACUCCGGUGCUCUGAUCUGCUUGGAAAUUAUAUUUGGAGGGCUAGUAUGGAUCCUGGUGGCCUCCUCCAACGUGCCCGUGCCCCUGCUACAGGGCUGGGUGAUGUUUGUCUCUGUCAGCACGUUCUUCUGUUCCAGCGUGUACCUCCUCCUCUUCCUCCUGGGAUUGGCUGACAGGAUCAACACCGACUGGAACCUGAUGGAUGUGCUGUACCACUUCACAGCACUGCUGUUCUACUUCAGUGCCUUGGUGCUGGAGGCUGCUGUUACGGCUGCCAGAGGGGUCAUCAGGAGUACCAACAGCUCCAUACCAGGAUGUGUAACAGCCCCUAGUGGAAAUAUACUCACCUUCCUGGACAACAGACAAUACAGUAUUAACGUGGCAGCUACGAUAUUUGCCUUUGUGGUGACACUCUGCUACGCCUGCAGCAUGUUCAUGGGCUUCAGGAGGUGGCAGAUGUGACACGGAAGAAAGAAAACGCACCAUUUCCGUUAUUACAGUUCAAACUCCUACCGUGCCGUCAAGACAUUGUCACGUUGUCUGUUUAUUACAUGUGUAUAACAACAUUAUUAUUUUUUAAAGAGUUUGUUGCUAUGAGAUCAAGACAGAACACUUUGUUGUAUCUGUCAUGUAAUAACAGCACACCAGGCGUUAUGGCUAAGCUACCAGAUGUUGUAGUUCAUAUGUUAGUGCUUGGUUUCUGAGGCCCCACAUGUAAUAACAGCACACCAGGCAUUAUGGCUAAGCUACCAGAUGUUGUAGUUCACAUAUUAGUGCUUGGUUUCUGAGGCCUGACAUGUUUAGUUGUGUGAUCAAUAGUGUAGAUUUUAUUUAUUAGUGUUUGAUUCCCUGUAAAAUGAAUUAAACUCUGGAUCAGAAGAGACCUAUAACUGAUUUAAAUAACAAUAAUGGGACAGUUAUAUUUUCCCCUUGUAGAAUGUCUAACUUUUUUUAGAGCAACAUGGAAAACUGUUAAACAUACUACAUAGGACAAUUAUAAUAAUAAUCACUUAAUGACAUUGUGUGAAUACCUACUGGAGUAUAUUCUGUGAUUUCUGAAAUGCAUUUUUACAAAUAAAUAACUUUUCUUAUUGAUACAA